AAAAGAAAUCGGAUAAACAGGACGAAUCGACCCAAGCUCUCUUCAACUAUGUGGCAGAACCAGUCACUUCAACAUCUGGAACAUCUGAAACAUCUAAGAUUUCUGAACCAUCUGAGCCAGUAAUCGGUAAACCCGAAUCUAUCGAAUCUA